AAAAGUGUCUAACUGCAUUGUAUUAGCGAGUGGAGAGGGGUGGAUUAGCUGCUCAAGCAAGAAGUGACACGUUAUUGAAACAGAUACACGAAGUUGUAUUAUCAUUGCAUCACAAUGGAAUUGUGGAUUGAAGAACAUGCAUUCUUAUGGGAUUGAUGUAUGUGCAAUGGGAUUGUUGUACUCCUUAACUCGCCUGUGGAUUGUACUGUAUAUCGAGGAAGUCUUCUUCCCAUAUCCCUAUCCCGGACUGGAUUGAUUGAGUAAGCGGCAGCUCAGAUCCCAGAGAGGUUUUUGCAGUUAUUUUAGAGCCAUGACUCUUUGGCUAUGUCUGGGGAUGUUGCGGUUUUGUAGAUAGACUAUGAAUUCAACAGGAUGGGAGCGAAUAAUGGCAAACAGUAUGGUAGUGACGGCAAAGGCAGUUCAAGCAUCUCAUCCGACGUGAGUUCAAGUACAGAUCACACACCCACCAAAGCCCGAAAGAAUGCAGCUACCAGUGAAGACUCCGACUUGAGCAUGCGGACCCUGAGCACGCCCAGCCCUGCACUGAUAUGUCCACCAAGCUCACAGGCCUUCAUAAAUGGGAAAGCCUCCUCUACUUCCUCAUCCUCUGUCACCGGGGAGACGGUUGCCAUGGUCCACGCUCCGCCCAUCACAUGCCUGCCCCGUCCCCACGUCAGGCCAGCCGCUAGGAUGCAGAAGGAACAGGCCCCAAUUGACAUUCUUCCAGAUCAAGCUUUCCUCCAGAUCUUCUCCCAUCUGCCCACCAAUCAGCUCUGCCGUUGCGCUCGGGUGUGCUGCCGCUGGUACAACCUGACGUGGGACCCCAGGCUGUGGAGGACUAUUCGCCUGACAGGGGACACGGUUCAUGUGGACCGGGCCCUGAGGGUGCUAACUCGAAGACUGUGUCAAGACACACCAAACGUGUGCCUUAUGUUGGAGACUGUUAUUGUUAGUGGCUGCCGGCGGCUCACUGACAGGGGACUCCACACCAUUGCACAGUGCUGUCCUGAAUUGAGGAGGCUGGAGGUGUCAGGAUGUCAUAACAUAUCCAAUGAGGCAGUCUUUAAUAUUGUUUCGCGAUGUCCUAACUUGGAGUAUCUGGAUGUUUCAGGCUGCUACAAUGUGACCUGCAUCAGCCUGACACGGGAAGCCUCAGUCAAGCUGUCCACACUGCACGGCAAGCAGAUCUCAAUCCGCUACCUGGACAUGACAGACUGCUUUGUUCUGGAGGACGAGGGGCUGCACACCAUCGCGGCACACUGCACUCAACUCACCCACCUCUACCUGCGUCGCUGUGUGCGCAUCACUGACGAGGGGCUGCGCUACCUGGUCAUCUACUGCACCUCUGUGAAAGAACUGAGUGUCAGCGACUGCCGCUUCGUCAGUGACUUCGGCCUGCGUGAAAUUGCCAAGCUGGAGUCACGCCUGAGAUACCUCAGCAUCGCCCACUGUGGACGUAUAACCGACGUGGGCAUCCGCUACGUGGCCAAGUACUGCAGCAAGCUGCGUUACCUCAAUGCCCGGGGCUGUGAGGGCAUCACGGACCACGGCCUGGAGUAUCUCGCCAAAAACUGUGCCAAGCUAAAGUCCUUGGACAUUGGCAAGUGCCCUCUGGUAUCUGACGCCGGCCUGGAGUUCCUGGCUUUGAAUUGCUUCACCCUCAAACGGCUGAGCCUCAAGUCGUGCGAGAGCAUCACAGGCCGGGGCCUGCAGAUUGUGGCGGCCAACUGUUUUGACCUGCAGAUGAUGAACGUGCAGGAUUGUGACAUCUCGGUGGAGGCUCUUCGGUUUGUCAAGCGCCAUUGUAAACGGUGUGUAAUAGAGCACACCAACCCGGCCUUCUUCUAAAAAUAGGUGUAACCCUUUCAUCCUCCAUAGAAAUGACAGCUGUCAAUCCUAUUUGGAAUUGUAACUAAAGGUUUGGGUUCACAAGCUGGGGACUAAUGUUCAUCAAGAAGGAGAAUCUUUUUAUAUAGCAUUUUCAUUAGCCUUGUUAAUUUCUUUUUUUUUUCUUUUACUAUUUCCAACAUGGAGGAUUGCACUUUGUAAUACAAAAAAAGGUAAACAUAGUUUCAGAAUUAUUCACAAUGAGGUUUACAUGAAGGCAUUGCCAUUAAUAGAACUAUGUGGCCCUGCAAGGAGUACUUAAUUAAGUUAAGGCCUUUUGGUAUGAAUUCCAUAUUAUGAUGAGGAAAACAUAAGAGACCUGAAAAGACUUAUUAGAGUACAAUAAUUCUAAAAGGAGCCUCUAAUGCAUGAGUUAUCAAUAAUGUUUUAAAAAAAUAUUCCCAAGGAUGGUCACUGAAACCGCUCAGAUUAAAGAGUAUCAGAUUGUAUAAGGUGGUCUUACAGUAUGUGCAAAAAUGACUUGCUGACCUGGUUUCUGUAAACACAACUUCAGAAAACUGCUAGGCCUAGACUUAUUGAGAGGCCCCCCUCUUCUCAGCAGGGUCUAUUUAAAUGAGCUAAACAGCAGCUGAUCUUAACACUGCCUCUAAUGGGGACAUUGUUUCAGUAUAUUUAAUUGUUUUCUGCGAUGUCAAUAAAGGGGGUGUAUAGAUAAAAUACUAUAGUGUAAAAACACAGUUUGCUGUUGUGGUACACCUGGCUGUAAACCAACCAGAAGUGAGCACUGGGUCUGCAGCACAUGUCACAUAAGCUGAAAACUUCAGCACUGAGAAGCAAGGUGGAGGAACAGUUUAUACUUGCAGAGGCGAUAUGUAGGUAUGCUGUUCGUGUGUGUUUAUCAGUGGAGCAGUCCAUCACAGUGACGCAGGAGCCCCCCGCUACCCAUCCGUUCAUGUGUGUCCAGGCCUUUAAAGUGCUGUGAUAUUUAGAUCUGAUGCUGCAUAGAUCAGUAAAAUAGACACCUUUGUCUUUACGAGGUAGAUUAACCACAGGGGACACUGGAAUGUGCCUGGAGCUUGCUUCUUUUCCUAAUUCACUUACCAAAAUAACUCCCCCUGAGCCUGUGGUAUUCCCAGAAGGAUCCCAAGGUAGCAGGCAACAUUUGGUUACAUUAAAGAGUAUGUAGUGGGGUUUUGAAAAAUAUAGUGUUACAAAAAUCCCCACAAGUUGCUACAACUGUUUAACUAACUUAGCUGUCAUUAUUCUUUUCAUUGUUAACAUCCUGACAACUUAUUACACUUAGAACUUUAAAGUCUGUUUCAAAGCACUUUUCAAAAUGUCUGCUCUAGUGCACUGAUAGUGUAAGGGUUAUUGCCCACAUUGUCAAACAGGUAACACAGCAAUAAUGAUCCAUGAUGUGGUACGGAACAGAAAAGCCAGAGCACUUGUUAUGUUGUUUCUUUUUUUUUUUUUUUUUUUUUUAAUCGCUCUUCCUGCAUUGAUUUAGACAGAUAUCAAACCCUAGUCCACUAGAGCGGGCAUUUUGAAAAGAGCUUUGAAACAGACUUUAAAGUUUUAAAACAGUUAUUUAAACAGUUUUAGCAACACGUGGGUGCAUAUUACGCCUUAUUUUUUUGGAACCCCGCUACUUACUCUUUAAUAGUUUCUACUCAGACCACUGGCUAGAAAGAAAAGCAGCCCAUUCAUUUCUUCAGCUCUCAGAUUGAAAUCCAGUGGGUGUCAAGGAUAACCCAGAGGGCAUUUGUUUUAUGUAAAAUGCAUUUGCUAGUAUCUGUGUGCUUCCUCAUUGUGAAUUAAGACUGAUUACAGUAUUUAUACCGGUUGAUCCCAAUGUAACAUGGUAUAGGGUUCAAUUCACAAAGCUUUAACUCAGUUUGGUAUUCAUGAAACUUUUCUACAAUGUUGUUAAAUAAGGCAGCAACAGUCUAGAACAGUUUUGUGAAUAAUAAACUUUACUUUGUUCAUAAAAACAUGUUCUAUAGAAUAUUGUACCUUGUUUCAUAAGCAAAUUUAAUAUUGAACGAUUUUAAAACUGUCACCCAACCCUUACUCAGAUUUGGGGGGACUUAAACCACAGUGAUUCUCAUGUAAAGAGGUAGACAUUAUAUAAGAUCUAAGUAAUCAAAUUCCCAUCAAUAGAUGGCUCACUAAAUUAUGCAAGACACUACCUUACUAAAGAAUUAGGCACUAUGGUAACACAACAGUUUGCAUGUGGUCUCUGUCCAAAGUCGGAUGUAUAUAAAAGAAACAAAAAAACGUGUUCAGUAGAUUUGUUGAUUUGUCUGCUUUAUUUAAUCAUAUAUCCAUAUGGCAUAACCAAGGACAGUAUUGGAAUCUGGGAAACUUAACUAUUGGAUAUUAUAUAUCCUUGAAAGACUGAUUACCCUAAAUUAACUAAAAGUACCUUAAAUGAACUAAAGCAUCCUACGCCAUCUCCACCAUAUUAUUAUUAUUUAUUUCUUAGCAGACGCCCUUAUCCAGGGCGACUUACAAGAUAUCACAUUAUUUUUACAUACAAUUACCCAUUUAUACAGUUGGGUUUUUACUGGAGCAAUAUAGGUAAAGUACCUUGCUCAAUGGUACAGCAGCAGUGUCCCCCACCUGGGAUUGAACCCACAACCCUCCGGUCAAGAGGCCAGAGCCCUAACCACUACUCCACACUGCUGCUCAUAUUUCAUGAGUAUCACUAGAUUUCACCCAAUAGUAUUAAUAUUCCACUUUUUCUUUUUAUAUACCGGUAUAUAUAGUUUAUGGAGGCCUAAAAAAAAGCUUUUGACAAUCAUGUUUAUUUAAACAAGCUGUAUAUUUUGUUUUCUCUAUUGAAGAAACCACUAUUCAGUAUUAUUGUACCAGUAUUAGUAAAUCGGGGCAUGGAAUGCAGUCCCAUGAAUUUGAACUCAAACGAGUUUCAUUUGUUAUUUCUCCAAAUAAUGACAAUACCUUUGAUAUCCACAAGUCUGUCAUGAAAUCCUAAUGCCAAGUAUCUUGGUUGUUGCUCACUGAUUCCCUCUAGGGGAGAUAAACUGGGACAGCAUAAAUCUUCCUGUUUUUAAAAUGGAUAACCCAAAAACUACUUUCGUACCACUCUCCAGCAAAUAUUGCUAAUGAUGGAAUCAUAUUGUAUGAAAGGGGACAAAAUGUGGAACUGGUGAUAUAUAUAUUAACAUUAACAUUUGGAACAUGGCCUGCUAUUUCCUGCCCUGAAUGAAACUAUUUUGCAAAACAAAUUAGGUAAUUGCAUAAUAACCAUCUCAUUUAUAAAGCAGUUAACUAGUCUUAUUCACUCAGGGUUUAAGAUAAGAGACAAGUCUGCCACGGCCUGACCAGUAUACCAGUCUAGUGUAUUCUGCUAGGUCAAAUAACCACAAAGGGGUAGAUGUAUUAAGAUGGGCCAGUCGCAGCGCAAACAUACCGCAAUUUGCAUUUUUGUUGCGACAAUUCGCAAAGUAUAAAUUGUCGUAUGUACUAAGAGAAAAUAUGUUAAUGAAAAGAGCUGCAAUAUACAAAUAUCUGCUGCGUCUUCUUAGCGAGAUCUCUUGCGAGAGUCAUGCGACAUUGUUCAAAUAAAUAGCAGGAGUUGAGUUGUGGUUUGCUGCAGCAGAGGGUGCCCGAAGGAUAAUGUCUAUACAUGCAAGGGUGCAAGAAUCUAAAUAACAUUGUUUUUGUUAAAUGUAAACGUCGUCUGUACAUUGCAUUCUGUUCCCUCUUCAUUUGACCUAUUUUAAUACUGUUAUAUAUAAAGAAAAAUGAAAGGCAGUUUAAUCCCAUCAGAUUCUUUAGUGGGGCCCACUCCUUCACCCCCAAAAGCUUUUUUUAAUCAUACAGUAGGCUACUGUACUAAACCGAACAUGUUUGUCUGACAUAAGGAGAUGUCGGGUUUAAAAACAAUACAAUAAAAUCGCACACACAUACAUUUAUAGCGCUCAAUGCAUUUUAAAUGUAAAUGUAAAUCAUUACGCUGAAAUAACACCAAUGUGCUUUGGGUAGGCUACACAUUACAUUAUGUAAAAAUAUAAAUCUGCAGUAGGCCUACAGGAAAAUCAAAUGAAUACCUAGCGUACUUUCUUUUUACUUUUGCCUGUAGGCUACCAGUAACACAAAAUAAAUCAUGCUUGUUGUACAAUUAUUAUUAUUAACUUGGCCUACUUAGUAGCCUAGACAGUUAACACAAAAUAGAUCAUGGUCCUAAAAGAUGCUCAGAAUGAGCUGGAGGGGUUAGUGGCACAUGUGUGCAGUCUAUUGCUCCCAACACAUUGGGGAAACCAGAAAUGUCACAGAAAUUUGUUUUCAAGGCUUGUAAAUACACCCUGCUUUUAGUGAAAAUUAGGUACUUGGGUGUUCGCCUCAAAAAUGCAUUGAGCACAACUGGCAACGCAAGGGAAAAAGUGGACUGGGAAAUGUCAGCAACAAUUGUGACUUUAAAAACGUACUUUCAAAAGUUCUUAACAAAUUGAUGCAAUUGUAAGUGUCACAAUUGCUGGCAGCUUUAGUACAUCUCAUUAUAAUAUUUGAGAACUCUGAUUUGUACUAUCUCCACCCUAUAUUUGCGUAUUUAUGCCCAUAAUUACAUAUUCAUCUAAGGCUGAACCACAACGAAAAACUCCUGUGCAAAGCAUUCCCUAAAAAGUCGCUAGCAGCACUGUGCAUGUUUAGUACAUUUCACCCUAGACUUCCGACUUGUUUACAACACGUGCAACACUUUAGUAUAUCUACCCCAAAGUGUCUUGCUGGUCUCAGAUUAUCCCCUUACCCACAAACCACCACAUUAAAUGUAGACUCUUAGAAUUCUAUUUAAUUGGCAUGGCUGGUAAAUAUCCUCUUAUCCCCUAUGGGUAAAUUCCACCAGAGCAUGCCUGAGGCACAUUUUUUUCCUUUCGUCCUGUGAAGGCCAGCCAUGCUGCUGCCUCUAUUUUCUAUCUGCAGUGUGGACCAACAGAAGCCUUCAGUCUCCAGUGCUGGCAACCCUGCACUUUUCACAAACACUUAAUAUAUCAGCGUUUUAAAUUUAAAAAAAAAAAAAAAAAAAAAAAAAAGGCUUUUCAGAUCAUUAGGAAUCGGUCCACAUGCACCAUUUGAAGCAACUGGAAUUUCCCCCAGGAGCAUUACGAUUUAGAAGUCUAAAGUAACCACACAUUCCCUUUUCUUAAUAAUCUCUUUCCUCCCACAUUCUCUGAAAUGAAAGCUGGCAGUGGGUUGAAAUGACAGCUGCCACGUAUAAGUAGAAGGGUGGCUUUGUAUCAUGGUCUGGCAGGCAGACGUGCACACUUUUUCCCUGAAGCCCUACUUCAUCCUGUAGUACUGUACUCCUAACUGAGAUAUUUGUAUUAACUCUGUCAUGGGUUCCGUUCAUCAUUUCAAUUGUGCUUUCUGUUUUUUCUUCUAAUUUUCAAUUUUAAAAACACAUUAAGUGAAGAAAAAAAAAAUAACAGUUAUUAGCGUCAUACUAUUAUCAUUUAUAUAAACCGUGUCCAAAAUAAAUUAUGGGUCUACAUGUGAAA